UUUUGGCCUGCGCCCCUCCCAUGAAGUCCCUUGUUGUUUCCCAGAAAUACCGAAUCGACCAAGGGCGGAGCUAGAGGAGAAAAGGGAAACCAAAGCGUGAAGAGGCAAAAACGUCGGGCUUUUCAUAUUUACCCGCGUCUCUCUGUUCCCUCGAAAGUGCUUAGCCGUGUUCCCACUUUCCGCAAAGAACUCUGAAAAUGGGGAGCAAGAAGAGGAAGAGGAAGAGGAAGGAGGAGCGACCCACUAUUCAUCCCAGGAACAAGUACUCUGAGAAUCCCCCCGACUUUGCUCAGUUAGCUUCUCUCUACCCAUCCUUCCAACCUUUUGUCUACUACUCUCAUGACGGUUGUCCCAACAUCGAUUGGACCGACUUUAACGCGACCCGAGAACUCACCCGCAUUUUGCUUCUCCAUGAUCAUUCUCUUAACUGGUGGAUUCCUGAUGGGCAGCUCUGCCCCACUGUACCCAACAGGUCUAAUUACAUCCAUUGGGUCGAAGAUCUUCUCUCUUCUGACAUUAUUACACAUACUUUUUCAACUGGAGGCAAGGUGAGAGGAUUUGACAUAGGAACUGGAGCAAAUUGCAUUUACCCGCUUCUUGGUGCAUCUCUUCUAGGCUGGAGUUUUGUAGGUUCAGAUGUGACUGACGUUGCAAUAGAGUGGGCGAGCAGAAAUGUUCACAGUAAUCCACAUAUCUCUGAUUUAAUUGAAAUUAGAAAGGUUGAAAGCAAUGAAAACGCUGUCUCUGUUGAAAGGCAUCAUGGAGAGUCAGUCUGUGAUGAAAAUAAGAUAGAUUUGGGUGGGGAUUGUCGUGCAGAGGUACCUCCUGAGUCUUCAUUACCACUUGAUUUGCGUUCCAGCUGUGAUAAUAAUUAUUAUGGACCACCCAUACUUCUUGGUGUAGUCAGGGAUGAUGAAAAGUUUGAUUUCUGCAUGUGUAAUCCUCCAUUUUUUGAAAGUUUAGAGGAAGCAGGACUUAAUCCAAAAACUUCUUGUGGUGGUUCUCGGGAAGAAAUGGUUUGCCCUGGUGGAGAGAAGGCCUUCAUUACUCGUAUUAUUGAAGAUAGUGCUGCACUUAGGCAUUCUUUUCGUUGGUUCACUUCAAUGGUUGGGAGAAAAUCAAACCUCAAGUUCCUCACAUCGAAACUUUGGGCAAGUGGAGUCGCUAUAGUGAAGACAACUGAAUUUGUUCAAGGCAAGACAUGCCGGUGGGGACUAGCUUGGUCUUUCUUGCCUCCAAGGCAGAAGAAGAUACCAACCUCUAUUCCUGAGAAAACUAACAUGUCUUUUAUGCUUGAGCGUCUUCAGCGACAUCAUGGUGCCAUACAUGUGUUGGAAGCUGUUGAGUCCUACUUCACUUUACACAGCUUACCCUGUACACUGAAUUCCUCCUCUUUCACAGUGGAUGUCGAGGCAUCAAAAGAUGAGUGUGAUUCAAUAUUGAUGAAUGAGUUGCCACUUAUUCAUAAAGGUGCCCAAUCUGAAUCCGGUAGAGAGACAUCUAAUGGAUCAAGUUAUACUGACAUUAGUUAUGAUAAGCUCCGCUUCCGUGUUUCGGUUUUCCAGCAAAUUCCUGGGACGCUACUGGUGAAAGGUUCAUUGCAAGAAAAGAGUAGCCCACUAUCAGGAGCAUUCUCGUUGAUAUUUCAAAAAAUGGAGGAAGAUUUGCGGAGUAAAUUUUGUAUAGAUAAAAAAUCAGCUUAGGAUUUGAUUUUUUCUUCUUCUUCUUCUUAUUGGACUACAAAGGCUAUGAAAAUUUGUGCAGAGAAAGACUAGCGACCUCGUUGACAACUUGUAGCUCGUAACAAAUCUCAUGAGAAAGUAAAUACACUCUGUAGGAGGAUUAUGGGUAUUCAUAAUAAGCGUAGGAUUUGAUUUUGAGUCAUACGUAAUUGGAGCUUACCGAUAUGUAACGCAUGUACGUACCUACAGGAAGUUGCGAAGUUAUAUUAGAGUGGAGUGAAGGCUCGGUUAUGCUUCAUUGCUUUUGGAUAGAUGUUAGUUUCAAUUAUUGGGUUCGGCUUGUGCUUGUUUGAAUCGAAGGGGAGUGUUGAUUUGUCUGUUGUACAUUAAUGGCUGGCCAUUUCUUUAUGGAGAUAUAUUUGCUUUGCUGUAUGGCA